ACCUUUCAAUACUUCAAAUGAAAUAAGUUUAGUUUAUUCUAUUGUGCACAUUCUAUAUCAUCCCAUGCUUUUUCAAAAUCUGUCAUACUAAGUGCUCGUGUAUAUAAGCCUUUACAUUAGACAAGAAGCUUUACUGCUAAAGUAUAUACUAGUCUGCUUGAGCACCUGAAAGGAAACCUCAAAGCAAGGCAAUGAAUCUGAUGCAAUGCUAAAAUCUCAAGCUAUGACAAACUUUCUUCGCCUAGUAAGAUCUUGUUCUCUCAUAUAUCAUUUAGAAAGAGGAAAUAUUAGAAAAUUCUGAUACUACAACGGCAACAUUUUGACACCAAAUAUCAAUUAAAGAAAACGAUGGAACAUUCAAGGAUAAUUGAUUGUCUGAAUGUUUUUCAAGGAAGUGUGAAGGCUCAACUGGCUGAAAGCAAGAAACAUGCAGAGUCUAUUAAAGGAGAAAUCAUCAUUCAACAUUGCCCUGCAAAAUCAAGCCUUGGAAAAGCUAUCCGUAUUCAACUAUACAGUCUCUCUAAAAUUGACCCAAGUACGGGGGAAGGGAAGCUGAGUCAAGAAGCGUACCUGAAUCAUGGGAAACGUAUCCACAAGAAGCCUAACGGUAACAGAGGUUUUCAGUAUGAAUUGACAUUCGAGGUUGACCGAGAUUUUGGACUUCCAGGAGCUUUUGUCAUCUGGAACCAACACAAACACAAGUUUUUUCUUCAAUCAAUGUCUCUCCAAGUUACAUUCAGACAAAUGGUUCAUUUCGAAUGCAAUUCUUGGAUUUAUCCCAAUCAUUUAACUCAAAAAGCAAGGAUUUUUUUCUCAAACACUUGUUAUCUUCCAAGCCAAACACCAAAUAGUCUGCUGCAACUAAGGAAACAAGAACUUGAUACCUUGAGAGGAGAUGGAACUGCAGGGAGAAUUAGAGAAUGGCAUCGGGUUUAUGACUACGAUUUCUAUAAUGAUCUCGGUGAUCCUCACCAAGGGGAAAGACCAGUUUUAGGAGGUUCAGUUUCUUAUCCGUAUCCAAGGAGAGGAAAAACUGGUGAACCACAUAUUCAUUCAGAAAAUGAGAAGGGGAUGUUCAAGACAGACAACUGUAUCCCUCCAGAUGAAAGAUUUAGCCCCGAGAAACUAUCAGAGUUUGCGAAGAAAGUUAUCCAGGCCGCUUUGCACUAUGUCGUUUCUCAGGAGGGUUCGAUGUUAAGAGAAGAAAGCAACCAAUUCAAGUCAUUCAAUGAGAUCAAAGGGCUAUUUCCGGGAAAGAAAAGCAGAGGGGUGGAAGAAUGGAUGAUAAGGAAACUGGAAACUCAUCUACCAAAAGAGAUUUUCAAGCAGACUGAACGUAGAAUCAAAGAUUACACAGCAAAAUUUCCAAUGCCUCAGUUAUUUGCAGGGAACGAACUUGCAUGGAAGGAUGAUACAGAGUUUGGGCAUCAGAUGCUUGCAGGAAUUAAUGCAACUCUAAUUCAGUGUUUGCAGGCUUUUCCACCAAGAAGCAAGAAUGGAAUAUGGAGUUCAAUAAGAAGAUCACACAUAGAACAUAACCUUGAUGGGCUCACUCUUCAAGAGGCAAUGAACCAAUGGAGGAUUUUCAUCUUGGACCACCAUGACUACCUCAUGCCAUUUUUGGGAAAAAUAAACAAAAAUGGUGUAUGUGCAUAUGCAUCCAGAACUCUGCUAUUCUUAAAGGACGAUGCCACGCUAAAGCCACUGGCAAUAGAACUAAGUUUACCAGGGCUUUCACCUGGCACUGAGAUCCACAGGGUAUUUCGUCCAGGGACCAAUGGAUCAGAGGCAGCCUUAUGGCAGCUUGCUAAAGUUCAUGUGGCAGUAAACGACUCUGGUUAUCAUCAGCUAAUCAGCCACUGGCUAAAAACUCAUGCAGUUGUAGAGCCAUUCAUUAUUGCCACCAGAAGGCAGUUGAGUGUUAUGCACCCGAUUCACCGGUUAUUGGAUCCUCAUUUCAAGGACACUAUGCAUACUAAUGCAUUGGCUCGGAUUACAGUCUUAAAAGCUGGAGGAAUCUUCGAGAAGACCCUUUAUUCUGGAGAAGCAUCUAUGGAGCUAUCUUCUUCACUCUAUAAGGAAUGGAGAUUUGAUGAACAAAGCCUCCCUGGUGAUUUGGUGAAAAGAGGCUUGGCUUUCCAGAACCCAGAAUGCCUGGCUGGCAUUCAGCUUCUCUUUGAAGAUUAUCCAUAUGGUGCAGAUGGACUAGAAAUCUGGGUAGCAACCAAGAGAUGGGUAACAGACUUUUGUCAAUAUUUCUACAAGGAUGAUAAUUCCCUGAGAUCUGACCAUGAGAUCCAAGAAUGGUGGUCAGAGAUUAGGAAACUUGGUCAUGGAGACAAGUGUAACGAAACAUGGUGGAGCUCAAUGACUACCGUCUCUGACCUAGUAGAGGCUCUCACAACCCUUAUAUGGAUUUCCUCAGGUCUUCAUGCUUCAGUUAACUUUGGACAAUAUGAAUAUGCGGGUCAUCCACUAAAUCGCCCAACCAAAUGUCGGAAUUUCAUCGCGAUGGAAGGGACAAGAGAGUACGCAGAGUUUCUCCAUGACCCAGACAAGUUCUUUCUCAAAAUGUUACCCAACAGGUCUGAGAUUACCCUAUAUUUGGCGCUAUUAGAGGUACUGUCAGCGCAUACAUCUGAUGAAGUAUACUUGGGUCAACGACAAUCUCCAAACUGGAUAGAUGACGUAUGGGUAAAGCAAAGGUUUGAGCAAUUUGCCGAGGAACUUAAUGAAGUGCAUAAAAGGAUAGUGGAGAGAAAUGCAGAUUCCAAACUUAAGAACAGACGGGGGCCGUCCAAUAUCCCGUACAAGCUUCUGGACCCUACAGUCUCCAAUAUUAAAUCAGGUCAGGGUAUCACAGCAAUAGGGAUACCUAAUAGCAUAUCCAUGUAAUCAGUAUUAUAAAAUAUCUGUCGAAGUGUGUCUCAUCAAGUCUCUUGUAUCAGUGAGUGUAAAAUACUUUUUAAAAAAAAAGGACCGAUGGAAGAGCCUUAACUAUGUAUCUAAGGCUUAAAGCUCA